AUGAAGCUCGCCGCUGCUCUCUCCCUAGUGUCCCUCGCGGCCGCGGCGGUCCUGGAGGCCCGCCACUGCGCCGGCAACAACUGCAACCGCGCGGUGACUGGCACCCGUCCGGGUCUGCUGCCCCUGGCGUCUCGGUCGUUGGACUGCUCGAGCUUCUUGCGCACGACCGUCAUUCCGGCAGCAACCACCGUCACGGUAACCGUCGGCGACGAGGACCUGUCGACGCCGACGCCGACCGCCCACGCAGCCGCCGCGCUCGCGGGGCGGCAGGUCACGGUCGUGCCGAGCUCGAUCCCGGAGUACGCGGCCAACUGCGCCAACGCGGCCGAGUACAUCUCGGCGUGCUCGUGCUUCGGCGUGACGGGGACGGUGACGACGGCGCCGAGGCCGAGCGUGACGGUCACGACCACGGUGGAUUCCUGCGAGGAUAUCUGAGUGGGCGAAGAGAGAGAGCGAAGCCGGCGGGGGUGAUGGGCUGCGGGUUGAACUGGCGUUGAGGUGUGGGGAGAUUGUCACUUCCAUGCCCGGCAUCCGACAUGCGAGAGGUGCAUCCGUCUACCUCUGCGUCAACCGAUGUGGUUGCGGGACGGAAGGCCUAGCUGAGAGCCGCCAAACUUGGCUCUUGAACGGCUUGCGAAUGUUGACAUGACGAAUGACCAAGAGGACAAGGAAACUACCAAGAACCAGGUAGUUGGACCAGACGUCAUUGCCGUGGGUGUCACCGUGGAUCUGUCCCUUCGAGGCUCAUAUGGACGCGGCCAAGCUAUGGGCCUGUAAGCUGC